AUGAAACCGUCUGAGAUUAAGGCUAAACAGAAGGAACAGUCGAUAGCACUCAAACCGUCGGAGAUAAGAGCUAAGGAGAAGGAGCAGUCGAUAGCCUCAAAGAAGAAGGAGGCCGAACCAGAAGAAAAGAAGCCAACAUCUAUAAAAGUUGCUGCGCUAUCUAGGAAAUCAAACGGUGACGCAGCUUCUGAGAAGGAGGGUGCUGGGCAAGAGCGUCUCAAGAAGGCGAGAGAUGCAGCAAAGAAGGUGGACGAUCAGAAAGCUGAGUCUCCAAAGACACCGACGAAACCGGCAUCGAAGUUGAAGAAGGCGGACGGCGACGCUAAAGAGGGGAAGGAGAACGAAGCUGUUGAGAGACCAGAGAAACUGUUGUCAAAAUCAAAGAAGUCAGUAAGCUUUGAAAAGGAAGAAAAGGAGGACAAAACGGCUGAGAACGGGCCCACUUCACCUGCAAAAACGCCGGAAUCUAAGGCCAAAAAGCCAGCAACCACAGAUAAAACCGAAAAGACGAAGGAAACGUCGGUUGAGAAGAAGUCCGAGACCCCCAAAAAGGUGUCGCCUCGCAAGAAAUUGGCCUCCACAGAAGGGUCCAAGGAAGCAAAUGGUGUACUGCCAUCGGGAAGGAAGUCGUCCGAAGACGCUGAUAAGGAGAAGAGUUCUCCAGUGGCUAAAAAGAAGCCGAUCAAGAAAAGUACUGCACCACAAGCGGAAGCUGAGCCUGAAAAGUCCCCUGAGCACAUCCCGGAUGACUUCGACGACGAGACGCCUUUGAAGAGCACGAAGAAGCCGAGCGUUCUCGACGACACUCCGGCACUACCGAAACGGUCUUCACUUUAUUCGAGGCGGCUAUAG